GUGCAGUCAAGUUUAUCGAAGUCCGUUGUUCCAUGCAGCUUGUGCGUGCGUGCGUGCUUUUGCAAAGAAUUUCUAUCUCGACUUUUUUUCUACCCCAUUAUUCCCUCGACGCUUCUACUCCUCCCUCGUACGCUCUUUCACUCGACUUGACUCGGCGAUCUAUCGUUUUCUGUUGGAGAAGGCAUUCGAUUGAUUGAUUGAUUGAUUGAUUAGGUUGGGAUUGCGCCAUUUGACCUGAUCUGCAACUCAACGGAUUACAUUGUAGCAGAAGGCAAGGAAAGAAAGGGAAGAAUUACAUUACACUACAAUAUACAGAGCAAGAUGUCUCCCAUUAUCGCGAGCCCGGGGUCGGCGUCGAAGGAUUUCAAGAGGGAGUCGACGGUUGCGAGGUUAUUGGGUUCUGGAUCGGCUGGUAUUGCUGAGUUGGCUGUUUUUCAUCCGGUUGAUACCAUUGCGAAGCGUUUGAUGAGCAACCAUGGCAAGAUUGUCGGAAUCAAGCAGUUGAAUACGGUUAUCUUCAAGGAGAAGGCCACGGCGUCGGCGGGAAAGAAGUUCUUUAGCUUGUUUCCGGGGUUGGGAUAUGCGGCUGGUUAUAAGGUUCUGCAAAGAGUAUACAAGUAUGGAGGUCAACCAUUCGUCCGCGAUUACCUAGCGAAGAACCACGGCACGACAUUCGAUCGUACAUUUGGUGAGAAGACUGGAAAGGCUAUGAUGUCUUCUUUUGCUGGAAGUAUCAUCGGAAUUGGAGAGAUCGUUCUCCUCCCUCUCGACGUCCUAAAGAUUAAGCGCCAAACAAACCCAGAGGCUUUCCGUGGAAGAGGUGUAGUGAGAAUUGUUCGUGAUGAGGGAUUCGGAUUGUACCGAGGAUGGGGAUGGACUGCUGCACGAAACGCUCCUGGAUCAUUCGCUCUCUUCGGAGGAUCCGCAUUCACCAAAGGUUACCUUUACGGCCUCGAAGACUACAACAAGGCAUCUUGGCUCCAAAACUUCGUCGCAUCCAUUGCCGGUGCCUCUGCUUCCCUCCUGGUCUCUGCUCCUCUUGAUGUUAUUAAGACCCGUAUCCAGAACCGCAACUUUGAGAACCCCGAGAGCGGUUUCAAGAUUGUCAGCAGUAUGAUGAAGAAUGAGGGUGUUUCUAGUUUCUUCAAGGGAUUGGUUCCUAAGCUCCUCAUGACCGGCCCCAAACUCGUCUUCUCCUUCUGGCUCGCACAAACGCUCAUCCCAGCAUUCGACAUUGCACUUUCCAAGAAAUAGAUAUCCCUCUACCAGUAACUGGAAAUUCAUCUUCCCAGCUGAGUUUAGAUAAGAUCUAAAUAAGAGUGUAUAAAAAGCGGAUUUUGGUUAGUUGGUCACAAGAAAUCACAAUUAAGGCGUGGCGUUUAUCUGGCUCGUGCUUGUUGUUAUGAAAGACGAGAAGGCAAGGGAAGGAUGGGAAUGGAAAGAACGUGAGGAAGAAAGAUGAUAGACUAAUACAAAUGGCGUGGAUCUUUGUGGUGUUGGAAGGACAUGCCUAUUUUCUUUUUUAUGUGUAUAUAGACACGAUGUUUCGUUAGUAGACAGUGAUGAGGGAUGGGAAUGCGAAAAGACAACUCGACUCAUGAAAAUGGGUGACCAAAUGUAUGUGAUAUUAUUGACAGAUUCUGAGGUGAGCAAAAAUUUGUAUCAUGAUCAUCUUGAGAUAGUCGAUUGAUGUUUCCUUCACCAUAGCACAAAGUCCAAAAUAGAUUGCCUACUUAAGCGGAUCAAAGAAGUAUGAG